GUUAGGUAAGGGUCUCAGGUCCUGCAGCACUGCCUAUUCAGUUCAGAUGAGUUUGGUUCAAACUGAGAGAAUUCUUUAAAAUCAGUUAAGCAAGUGGAAGAAGGGGAGACCUACCAUUUUGAAUAUUUCUCUGGCUGGCAGGUUUCCUAUCAUUUUUGACCUGAGAUGGUGGGUAUCCCAGCUUUCUCUCAUUCAUCCCAGAGUUCCUCUCUGUCCAUUUGUCUCUUCCUCCUUCUCUAUCUUCUGGAGCUGAAUGCAGAAGAAGAAAAGGUGAUUGGUCAUAGAGAACCCAUUCUGGCCAUGGUUGGGGAGGAGGUGGAGUUUCCCUGCUACUUACCUUCCAAAUUGGAUGCAGAAGACAUGGCGAUACUUUUUUUCCGGAACAAAGUCUCUGAAAUUGUCUUUAAGUACCAAGAUAGACAGGAGGUAUUGGACAACCAAAUGGAAGAGUAUCGGGACCGGGCACAUUUAAUAAAGGAUUACAUCCAGGAAGGGAGUGUGGCCCUUCGUCUCUUUCACAUUAUCCCUGCUGAUGAGGGUCAAUAUGGAUGCCUUUUUCAAUCUAAGGACUUCUCCAACAAUGCUACCUGGGAGCUGGAAGUUGCAGGGCUGGGUUCAGAUCCACAUAUCUACUUUGAGGGUUUUGAAGAGGGAGACAUCCAACUGAGGUGUAGUUCCAAAGGCUGGUACCCCAGACCAAAGGCGGUAUGGAAAGAUUAUCAAGGGCAGCAACUACCCUCCCUAACAGAAGUUAUAACCCAAGAUACUCAGGGACUGUUCCACUUGGAAAUGUCUGUGGUGAUCAAAGAGGGAGCCCAUAGCAAUGUGGCUUGUUCCAUCCAGAACACUCUCCUAGUACAGAAGAAAGAAUUUACAAUUCAUAUAGCAGAUGUAUUUUUACCGAAAGACUCUUCCUGGAGAGCAGCAUUCAUUGGAACCAUCAUGGGGCUAGCCAUCAUCCUGGCACUCUUCAUGAUUCUGACAUUCUAUUUCUUCCAGAAGCAACGAAAAUCCAAAGAAAAACUGAAGAAAAAAUCAGAGAAGGAAAAAGGAAAACUCACAGCUGAACUGGGUAAGCUUCAGACAGAAAUUGACUGGAGAAGAGCAGAAGGACAGGCUGAAUGGAGAGCAGCCAGAAGAUAUGCAGUGACUAUAACUCUGGAUCCAGAUACUGCUCAUCCUAGCCUCAAGGUCUCAGAAGAUGGCAAGAGUGUUAUUUAUUGGAAUAUAAAGCAGGACCUGCCAAAUGACCCUAAGAGAUUUGAAGAUCAACUUUGUGUCCUUGGUCAGGAGGGUUUCAUCUCAGGGAAGCACUACUGGGAGGUAGAGGUGGGGGAGAAAAGUAGGUGGUUCUUGGGUGUGUGUUACGAUUUUGUGGAACGCAAAAAGGAGGUAAAGCUAUGCCCUGGGACUGGUUACUGGGUGAUAGGGCUGUGGAAUGGCUGUGAGUAUUUUAUUUUCAAUCCUCAUCGAGUAUCUCUAACAUUGAGAGUGCCCCCCAGGCAAGUAGGGGUCUUCUUGAACUAUGAAGCUGGAAAGGUUUCUUUCUUCAAUGUGACAGACAAUUCUCACAUAUUCACCUUCACUGACAAAUUCUCUGGGACUCUUCGCCCCUAUUUUAGGCCUCGAUGUCAUGAUGGAGGAAAACAGGUCAUUCCUUUGACUGUCUGCCCAUUGCCCAACAAGGGUGAUGGAAUAGCUGUCAAAGAUGAUGAUGAUUGUGACACCUGGUUACAACCCUAUGAUUUAUCAGAAAGUACUGAAAAUGAAUGGUAAAGAUCCUUAAGACCUGGGCAGGGUACUUUCUCAAAAUGUACUAUCUAAGCUUCCAGGAAAUCUCCAUUGUCUAAGUCUCCCAGAAAGCAAUAAAGAUUAUAUGAGCACAUAAAUACUAUAUGUAUUUAUAAACUUAUAUAAUAAUAUAAGCAAUAAAGCUUAUAUAAACACAUAAAUACUAUCAAUUAAGAAUUGAUCCAUAUGAUCCUGGAAGCACAUAUCAACAAGCUAAUACUUUAGGUACCACCUUCUUUCUAACCCUCACCACCCCAAUCUUUUUUAGUAGAGUUGCUCAUGGACAAAAUAGAACUUCCUGUAUGUCCUUAUUCCCCACCCACUCCCAGACAUGCCCACUCUGGUCAAAAGCCAUCACUAUGUCAAAAUAGCAGGCAACAAAAGGGAAAGAAAAGAGAAGAGUAUGCAUAUUCAUGCAAUAAUUAUCCUCUAAUCUAGAUGAAUAACAAAUAACUGAUAUAUUUCUUAAAUGUUCUUAAUGAACCAAAAAGGGAAAUGUUCAUUAUUCAUAAGCAACUAACUAUCCUACAGUAAUGAAUUGGUUAUUACUUACAAAAUAUAUUAUGGAUUUAUUUUUAAAAGAAUAUCUAUCACUAAAUGCUUGGUAAUGAGAAAGUUAAAAAUAAAUAGAUAUUUUUUAAAAGCUUGACUUUGAGAUUUAUUCAACCAGCUAAGAACUAAGAACUCUUAGUGAUCUCAUGGGGAACAUUUAAUCAUGUUUUGCUGUCUACAUUAUAAUCAGAUGGAACAAAUUUUUAAAAAUAUUAAUGUGUGAGUUAGGUUGGUAUUAUAAGAUUAAGUAAAAGACUGCCAUAGA